AUGCUGCCUCUUUUCCUGGCAAUCUUCUCCUGGCAAUCGGCGCGGGAUGUGCUGCUGCACUCAGAUAGCUCCUGCAGCAUGGUGGUGGACUCGGGGGUGGUGAGGAUCCUGGACUUCAUGCACAAGGUGGAAGCCUUCAAUGCCCUGAACGAGGAGGAGAUGCUGCAGUUGGCCAAGGUCUUUCACACCCAGGAGGUCGCAGAGGGUGAGUGCAUCGUGAGGCAGGGCGAGGAGGGCAACGAGCUCUUCUUCAUCGAGUCGGGCUCCGUGUCGGUGCGCCGCGGGAGCCCCGAGGCGGAGGUGAACACCCUCUGCCCCGGCAGCUACUUUGGGGAGGCGGCCUUGAUCCAAAGGGCGCCCCGCAACGCCUCGAUCUACGCCUUGGAGGAUGUGAGGCUGCGAGUGCUGAGCCGCGCGCAGUUUGAGGAGUUCGACCUGCAGUGCAAGCUGCAUCUGGAGCUAAAGGGCGAAGGCAUGAAGAAUGGCCUGCAGGAGCUGCUGAAGGAGCUGGUGACGGUGCGGACCUUCUGCAAGGCCCUGCUGCUGCUGGGCGUGUACUUCGGGGCGGCGGUGCUGAUCUUCGCGAACUUGGAGGGCUGGGAUCCGGUGGACGUGGUCUACUUCUCCAUCAUCACCCUGAUGACGGUAGGCUAUGGGGACUUUGCACCGAAGCACUGGGGCUCGCGGCUGGUGCUGGUCUUCUUCGUGCUGGCGUCCUUGAUCCUGGUGGCCACCAGCAUCGGCGAGUUUCUGGAGUCCCUGGUGGCCCUGGAGAUCCGGAACGAGCGCGCGCGCAAGGCCCUGCAGCUGAAGCAGGCGAGGGUCGGGGUCUUCGACCCGGAGGCCCAGAAGAGCCGCUGGCGCCGGAGGACCAUCUCUUGCUUCUUUGCGCUAUUUGCUCUUUUGGCCAGUUGCUCUGUGGUGGCCAAACUGAUGGUCCGGAAGUGCCACACCUGGGUGGACGCGCUCUACUUCUCCGUGGUCACCUUGUCCACCAUCGGGUACGGAGACCUCACACCGGGCAAGGAGCCCGGCAGCCGGGUGGUCAUCGGCAUCGUGGUGCUGAUCGGGGUGCCGCUCUUCGCGCUGUUCUUGGCGCGGAUGGUGGAGAUCGCCUACGGCCGCGCCAGGAACUCUGGCAUUCCGGCGGUGGUGGGCGGGCUCACCAACGAGAAGUUCGAGCAGCUCAUCGAGUUCACGGACAAGCUCUGGAGGGCGGGAGGCUACAACUCCAGGCCGCAAGACUCUUUGCGGGAGCAGAUUACGCCCUUCGAGUUCCUGUGCUUCAUCUUGACCCAGAACGACACGGUGUCCGUGGACGAGAUCAAGCAGAUCAUGGGCAACUUCACCGAGCUGGACGUGACCAAGAACGGGCUGCUGGAGCAGUCCGACGUGGAUGAGUGGCUGAGGCGCGGCUCCUGCAACCCGAAGGGCUUCUCCCCCCGGCGACUGCGGCGCCUCACGCAGAGCGCCUCCUUCCACAACAACUCCUUGCCCCCGGAGAACGCGAACGCGGCCCAGUGA